AUGAAAGAUUAGUUACGCAAGUAAACAAUUAGUCCUGAACCUGAAAAAUAAAAAUCAUAAAAUUUUCAUAGAAGAUUUACAAGUUCACAGAUUGAAAGUGCAGGAAAAAAUCAAUAAUCCUAAAAGAGUUUAACUAAUAAAAUUUAAAUAUAUGGUUUAUAAUAAUUGCUCAAGAUGGGCCCACAUAAUAAAGUACUUCAAUCUAAAGUUUACUCUUAGAUGCUUAUUCAUGAGAGCUUUUCUUAAUAAUAUUUAAAAGACAUGAGUGCAGCCUACACUCCAAACCCACAAGUAACCAUAUAGUAGAACUUUUUUAAAAAAGCAACACUCUCUCAAAACUCAACAAUGUCAGGCAGCAUUAAACCGAGAAUGAGGAGUGCAAAUAAAGAAACAAUUAAAAAGAAAUCACAAAUUGAAACUACCUAAUUACUGUCGAACAGAGAAAAGGACAGAUAAACCAUUACUUAAUUGUAAGAAAUUAUCUAAAGAACAAAUUCAUUGUUGCAUUAAUAUUAGAAUGAAAUAUCCAGACAUAUUAAAGAAAAGGAGGAUUUAGUUAAUAUCAUCCAACAGUUGCAACAGCUCUGA